UUAUUCAAAAAACAUUUGUCCUCUUCGCUGAGCUCUGCUGUUGCCUGCAUUAUUCUGCUCUCACUCAGUGCAAGAUCAGCAGCAGCUGAUAUCGGCUCCGGAGUCGCAACGCUGAGUCUUGAACUCCAUUCAUGUUCGGUUUUCCACAUCCGACAUAGUAAUUGCUCUUCUUCAGCUCAGGCUCAGCCAGCCACGUUCUUGAUAGUUUCCGCUAAAACCCACGGUGGAAAAUGCCGCCAGUUUCCCGACCUGUCAUCAUCAUUCUCGUCCUCUCCCUUCUCGGCGCGCUCCUCCCACGCGCCACCCCGAAGUCCACUAUUGAACCCUGCUCCAACUCCGACUCCUGUACCUCCCUCGUUGGCUACACCCUCUACACCGACCUCAAAGUCUCUGAAGUAGCCUCCAUCUUCUCCGUCGACCCCAUCUCCCUCCUCUUAACCAAUGCCAUCGACAUUUCCUACCCCGACGUCGAGAACCACAUUCUCCCCUCGCAACUCUUCCUCAAAAUCCCCAUCCCCUGCUCCUGCGUCGACGGCAUUCGUAAAUCCAACUCCAUUUCGUACAAGACUCGCCCCUCCGACACGCUCUCCUCCAUUUCAUCCGCCGUGUACAGCGGUCUCGUGUCGGCUGAUCAGAUUAAGCAGGCGAAUCCCGAUGCCGAGCUCUCGGACCCUUCGGUCAUUAGUGUAGGCACAAAGCUGAAUAUUCCGUUGCCCUGUACUUGUUUCAAUAAUAGCGACAACAAUUUACCGGCGGUUUAUAUGUCGUACGUGGUGCGGGACGUGGAUACGUUGGCCGGGAUUGCGGCGAGGUACGUGACGACUGUGAGUGAUUUGAUGAAUGUGAAUGCUUUGGGGAGUGCGGACAUUAAGGAGGGUGAUAUUCUUGCAAUUCCAUUGUCGGCUUGCGCGUCUAAUUUCCCAAAUUAUGCUGCGGACUAUGGCUUGGUGGUGCCAAACGGGAGUUAUGCUAUAGCUGCUAGUCACUGUGUGCAGUGCAGCUGUGGACAAGGAAGUCGGAAUUUAUACUGCAUGCCGGCUUCACUGGCAGUUUCUUGUUCAAGCAUGCAGUGCCCAAAUAGCAAUCUCAUGAUAGGAAAUUCUACCGUGCAACAAUCAAGUGCUGGAUGUAAUGUGACCUCAUGCAGUUACGGUGGCCUUGUAAAUGGAAGCAUAUCAGCCAUUUUGUCCACAUCCCUCCAACCUCGAUGCCCAGGAUCACAGCAAUUUCCUCCACUCAUCGCUCCACCCACAGUAGUCCCAGAUUCAUUGUUUGGUCCAGCACCUUCACCAUCCGAAUCUGGUGGUAUUCCAACAUCGACAGUGGUGCCCUCUUCAGGCACAGUUCUGGCAUUUCCACCUGCCAACGGACCCAGGGCAAAUGCCUUGGGCUCCUCUGGCACUCAUCCGUCAAUGAGCCAGUUAACUGGAUUUCGCAUUUUAUUGGUAUUAGGUUUCAUUGUCAUGCAUGUAUUAUCAAUCUAGUUAUAAUUUCCUCAAUUGUAGUGGUGGAAACAGCAAGAACCUUGUGUUGGUUGGUCUUUAGCAUAAGGUCCCGUGAGUAUGUUGUAUUUUUUAACAUAAUAAUGUUGCAAAAAUUUUAAAAUGCA